AUUUUAUUUGUUCGUUUUUUUUUGUGCGUGUGUGUGUGCGUGUUAAUAAUUGCAAACGAAUGCUUGGAAAAACAAAGAAAGAAAGAGAGAGAGAGAAAGAGAAUAUCAGUGUGAAGUUGAAAAAAAAAAUAAUGUAGUUAUAAAAAAAAAGUGGCUACUUAUUUUAUUUAUAUAUAUUAUAUUACUGCUGAAAAAGACGUGAACAUUGAAGUAAUAGUGAGUGAAGAUCUGCAGCUACCACCACCACCACCACCACCACCACCACUAUCAUCAUCAUCACUAUUACAAAUUACAGAUUACCUCACGCUCAACCCUAAUUACACACACACACACACACACACACACACACACACACACACACACACACACACACACACACACACACACACACACACACGUAGCAUGAGUGCGUGGGUAUAUGCCUGACAAACUAACACAAUUUAAUAAAGCAACCCCACUCUCAGCAUUAUGUAUAACUUAUCAUCUUCCCUUUCUUUCUCUUCUACAAGGUGACACCGACAGACGCACAAAGAGAGAGAGAGAGAGAGAGAGAGAGGAGCUGUUUGUUAUUAUCAUAGAACUAACAGCAGCAGGGUUUAGAAGCAUGAUGGGCCACUGGAAGGAAAGGAAAGAAAAAAGAAAAUGGAAGGAGAUUGUGACUGACUGAUGUUAAGGAUGUGAGAAGGAAGGAAAGGAAAAAGGGAAGAGUAGAACCUGUGAUAUUUGUGAAUAGAAGACGAAAGAGAGAGAGAGAGAAAGGGAGGAAAAGUAGUGAUUAUUUGGAAGGAAGGAAGGAAGGAACUAGUGAGGAAAAAAAGUUGGAAAAAAGGAAUAAGAAGGAAAAUAAGAUUGAUACAUUUAUAAACCUGACGACGAGUGAAAGUGAGGGAAGGAGAUAAAGAGUGACAGAGAGAGGGCGUGGAAGAGGAGGAAGACAUUUAUACAUACAUACAGACAGACAAAAGGAGCAUCGUUGGCAUCAAAACAACUUGCACUCAUCUCCCUCAUCUCCACUCAUCUCCAAACAUGAGGUGAUCAAGAUGGCCCCUUGCGGUGAGCCUCGUCUCAAAUCAUAGGAUGAACGAGGGCAUGUCUUUCCGCCUCCUUACCAUCCUAUGAUAACCACCUUCUCUAGGCCAGUUUGUUUAAGUCCAGGGAGGGCCAAGGAGUGUGGUGUAUGUGGGGACAUUGCCAAGUCCAUGCACUUUGGGGGACUAUCCUGUGACUCCUGCAAGGCCUUCUUCCGGCGCUCAGUUCAAAACAACGCCCACAGAGGGUUCACUUGCCCCUACGAGAAGAAGUGUGUCAUUGCUGUCUCCUCCAGGAAGUCUUGCCAGUACUGUAGAUUCCAGAAAUGCCUGUCCAUCGGCAUGGAGAAGGGCUGGGUGAUGACAGAGGACGAGCGGCGCAAGAUGAUGCAGCAGCGGCAGGAGAAGAAACACAAAGAGGAGGAGAAGAAAAAGAUGAGCAUGAUCAGCUCGGAGGAGAAAUAUGCACUGACCGAGGAGGAGAGCACGGAGAUCGAGAUAAUCUUGUCCUUGUACAAGAAGGCAUACCAGGACGUGCCCUACCAGGAGGAGGGCCCUCCUGAUGGCCCCAAGGGGGUCAUGUCCCCCUGGAUGACCUUCUGUAAGAGAAUAGGCUACUUCUUCUCACUAUUCCGGGAGUUUGCAGACCUACCAAGCAGCGACCAGGCACUGCUGCUCAAGUCUGCCAUCCCCUCAGCUUGCAUCAUCAUGGGCUCUGUGGUGUACGAUUCUGGGUCAGGCCGCUGGGGCAGCAACCUGAACCGCUGCGGCUAUGUGCCCACAGUGUCCCUCACCAGCGCACAGAGCCUGGUGCCUGCUGAGCUCAUGUCCCGAGUGGAAAACUUCUUCAAGAAGUUCAAGGAGGUGUGUCCAGACGAGAAGAUGGCCAUGAUCCUGAUCCUGGUGGCUCUGUACUCCCCUGAACUGAUGGGGCUGCAGGCCAAGGACAACAUUCAGGCACUGCAGGACCGCUACACACGUGUCCUGCGCAAAUACGUUGGGUGGAAGUACAAGGAGCACUCCACCCUCAUGUUCCCCAAGGUGAUCGUGUCUCUGGCUGACAUCCGGGAGCUGGCGGAGCGCACCUGUCAAAUGCGCAUCAGGCAGAGUAUGACCUCCAACAUCUCUGCCCUGUCUGAGAUUACCAGCCGUCCUGGCCCCUCUUCUGCCGCUGCCACCAGCACCGAUGUGGAGUCUCCCAUGGAGACCAACGAGGGUGAGGAGGAAGAUGAUGAGGAUGUGGAGGGGGCGACAGCCAUGUCUGAGGGGGGACUGGGGCAUGGGGAUGCGGGGGUGAGUGGCAUGGUGCAGGUGAAGCAGGAGUGUGAGAUGCAGAGUGACAGCGCCUUGCAGACGGAGGCAGCACACAAGCGGGCGCGUCUGGAGGCCACUGGGGGCGUGAAGGAUCACACCUACCAGAAGAUCAUGCAGAAGAUCAUGGACCAGAUGCAUGGCUCCUCCAUCCACAUGCGUGCCCCAUCCCUGCUGCCCUUCAUUAUCCAGAUCGUGAAGAAGGUGGGCUCCGGCACUGGGGCCAGCACCUCCUCCCAGGCCAGCAGCAGUGGCAGCAGCAGCAGCCACAAGCUGGGCCGGGGACACCACUCCAAGCACCACCACCGCACCUCCUCCAAGCGCCGUGUGGUGGAAGUGAAGCAGGAGCGCCUGGAGGAGGACCUGGAUACUCAGGACAUCUCCCCACUCUCCAGCAGCACCGUGUCCCCAGCCAUGCAUCCUAGUCCAUCUCCCCCCAUACACUUCCCUCCCCAGAUGCAGGUAGACCCCCAGCCCCACCACCACCACCACCAUCAUCACCAGCAGCAGCAGCAGCAGCAGCAGCAGCAACAGCAGCAGCAGCAGCAGCAGCAGCAGCAGCAACAGCAACAGCAGCAGCAGCAGCAUCAGCAGCACCAUCACCACCACCUACCUCGCAGUCCCUCACUGCCACCAUCACAUCACUUCACCACCUCACCCUCACACGCCCCUAUCUACCCUGCCUCCCCAAUGGAGUCCACAGAUUCCUGUGACCUCCUGCCCACCUCACCCCCCCAUGACCCCCUCAUGCCCUCCCCAAUACACCCCACAUCCCCAGAAAUGAUGCUGCCACUGUCGGGCAGCCACAUGAUCCCUGUGGCACCCUACACGCCGCCCUCAGCCACCCCAUCGCCCAGCAUCCCACACAAGCAGCCCACAGUGUUGCCUGUAGCAGAUAUGCCCCUCCCCUCCCCUGUGGCUGCCCCCUCCCCCUACUCAGACUCGUCCAACUCCUCCCCGGAGAGUUCCCAGUCUCCGCUAUACGACCUGUUCUCCGAGGACCUCUCCAAUGUGGAGAUUGACGUGCUAACGCAGCUGCUCGAUUACGUGUCCAAUUUUGACAACUUGGACAAUGUGAGUUCCCUGAAGGAGAUCCUGCCACCACACCUGCUGACUGAGCUGCAGACCAAACUGUGCUCCUACUCCUUGAAACAAGAGUGACCCUCACUGGUGGGGCGAGUGUCUUGAGGUGAUGAAAACAGAAUUACAGGUGUUCCAAGCCAUCCAUGCACUUUAGCAGUGUGUUAGGUAUUAUGUGUGAUGCCGGAGCAUCCCGUGGCCCUGACGCUGCACUCCGGCCCUUGGGGCAGGGCACCACACCCCAUAUUGGGGCUGUGGCACCCCCUAGACUGAGCCCAGUGACAAAAUAAUCAAGCCUGUAGAUACUCUUCUGAAAAAAAACAAAAAACAAAAAAAACAAAAAACAAAUAUGAAUGACCAACUUUGUAUUGGAAAAUAGUCUUCUUUGGAAGUAAUCUUGAAGCCUCAAUUUGUACAAGCUUUGUUGCCACUCACCCAUCCAUAAUGAAUCAAUAUUUUGUGAUAAAGACAGACACCAGCAUGCCAGGUGACCAACACGAGUCGAUAAUCAAAACUAUCCUUGGAGGAACGUCCCGCAUGCCGACGUGUCCCGGCGUGGGAUGGCACUGCAGCAACGGGAACCUUGUAGCUCACAGACAUGGCAGAUGGAGCCUGAAUGCAGUUCUGAAGUACCACUUACAUUUUUUCAGUCCAAUUACAGUGGUUAGGGUUGUUAGGAGGAGGGGGAAGGGGGCAGCACAAGUAGUGGUGGUGGGAAGUGUGCCGCCAAGUGCUGGUGUGGCUGCCUUGUGUGUGUGUGCUGCACCCGGCACAGAACUGACCAACCUUGCACUGAACCUUGACCACACCUCCGUCACCCCUCGCUGAGCCACUGACUCUCAGUAACUAACGGACUGUCCUCCCAUCACGUGCUACCAUUGCGUCACAAGGAGGUGUGUUCACCUUUAGCUUCCAGGGAGUUUUAAGCCUUAUUAUCAUGUACUUGAGAAGUGUUUGUUGAGAUUAUAGGCAUAUAUAUAUUAGCAAAGUUUUAAACAUAAGUAUCUAUUUUCAAUUGGACGAUAGGUAGAUUCCUGUUGCAUUAUUAGAGUGACGGGGUGUGGCUGGAAGGGGAGGUGGUAGGAGUGUGGCAUGUGCUGUGGUUUUCAAUCCAUGAUUGUAAGUGAGUCACCCUUUUGUAACAACAGUAAGUAAACAGUGAGGUAGAGAAACAGAAAUUACUCCACUGUUAUUGGUUUGCAUUCUCUCCAACUAGAAAAAAUGGCAAGGAAGCAAAGGAAGAGAGGUGGAUGGAGGAAAGGAAGAAAGACCAGUAGAGAAAACCAAGGUCAUAUUGUCCAGUGCAGCCUCUAAUCUGACAUUCUGAGUCAUCAUCAUCAGAUGAGACUUUGAGCCACUCAUAAAAGCACUCAGUUGACUGUUGUUCCAGUUGUAACUCUGUUCCUUUCUUCCUUAUGACCUCAUCUGUCGGACACACUUGCCUCGCCAUGCCCUGCUCCCCUCUUGAGUCCCCCGGCACCCCACCACACCUCCUGGGGCAUGCUGGGGGGAUUGGUGUGUGUUCCUAAGUGUCACAAGGUCCUGGAGGUUGUCUAGAGCUUAUUAAAGAGUAGCUGUGUGAUGAAGGAAGGAUGAUGUUAAAGUUAGGUGAUGGAGUCCUGUUGUUUUGUGUUUGCAUUUGCUGUUGAUGCAACCCAACCUUUCCUAACCUAAUUCUCUCCAGAUAAUGUACAGUUACCUUCAGUAAUGGUGUCAUAUUGUAUGAAUUGUUUCAGGAGUAAAAAGAUUGAUUUCAAGAUAGCUACCUCCACCUGUCAUCUCCAGUUCUUGUUCUUUGUGGAGUUCGUAAUUUAGACUGGUUAAUUAAUUCAAACAUUGAUAUCUGGAGCUCUUAAUAUAAAGCAGUUCAUUGGUCCAUAUGUUGGUUUUGACUUGACUUAUACACAUGGAAUUUGCAAGACUCUAUGACAUCACUGCUUGGGACAACUGCACACCCAGACUUCUGUAUUUCUUUUAGCUUCCUGAAUGUGUCUGUUGCAUGUAUACGAAUGACAAAUAUGUACACACCUCUUGGCAACGUGUGAGAGAGAACAAGAGACUGACAGAGAGUGAAAGAGGGAAAGAGAUAGGAAACAUACAAAACUAGGAUAAUUUCAGUGUGGAGGUUUGACCAUCAGUGAGUGAGAUGCACAAGUAACAAGAAAAGCACAGCACAUCGUCUCUGACAUUUAGUCAGUGAUGCAUGAAGUGUUGUAUCACCUUUAUUGCUGCUGUGAGAUGAGCAGUGCUAUUCUGAGUACCUUAAUGAGGCAGGUGAUAUAAGAGUGUUAAGCUACCAAUGAGAUGGGUGACAAUGACAGUAACGAUGACGAUAGCAUUCCCAGCAUUCACAGAGCCUAUGGCAGCACAUCAGAUGGUUGUCAUGCUCUCAAAACUCACAUAUAGGUGGAAUUCUCAUUUGUAGCUCCCCGAGUGUUGUUAUGUUGGUGUGUUGGUGUUGAGGAUUUGUGUGAUGCAGCUAGUGAUGAAACUUUUAAGAGUGUGUGUGUGUGUGUGUGUGUGUGUGUGUGUGUGUGUGUGUGUGUGUGUGUGUGUGUGUGUGUGUGUGUGUGUGUGUGUGUGUGUGCAGGCACACAUGUGUGCACCACCACUGUGAGCUGUUUAAUUUUCUGUUACUAAGUUCUUGGAAAUUGAUUUUGAUGAGUUCAAAACUGAUUGUAUAGAGUUAUUGGUAUACAUAGAAGUUAUUAUUAUGAUGUAAUGAUAAGACAGAUUAUGAAAAAAAUUUUAUUAGAUUUUCUGUAUGUAAGAAUUUUAAUAUUUUGACUUCUAAGGUCACUAAAUUUAUUUGGUUAUGAUGUCAACAUCAGAUGUAAAAUGUGAAAUGAUGAUGGUCGUGAUGAUGAUGAUGAUGAUGAUGCAGGAUGGUGGUGAUGUCAUUGUGAUGGUAAUGUAAUGGUGUGAUGAGGUGGCGAGGCUGUUCCUCAACCACACCUGUGAGCAUCAUGUUUGUGUGUCCACCCCAAGGCAGCAAGUGGCUGUCAUUGCCAUCCAGCGUGUGGGUGAGAAGCAUCUGUCUGCCUAUCAGGGGUGAAGUGUUUGGUGUGAUGGUCAUGUGUGUGUGUGUUGCAGCUGCCUCAGUCAUGGUGUGCUGCUCCUGCUGCAGCAGCAGCAGCAGCAUGAAGCCACACAAGCAGGCCUGUCCUUGGUGUCACUUGCAGGAGGGCGGCCAGAUUCUCGGUGCGGGAACUUAAUGCUUUGUGAUAUUGACAACAGUCACAAGAGACACGCUAAUGCAGGAACCCUAAGGGUUGGUAAAAUAAUGUAGCUAACAGUAUACUCCCAUGUAAUUAUAUACUCAUGUAUGUAUAUCAGUAUUUAUUUGAUCCUUGUGGUGAAAUGUGUGUUUAAUUCAUGAGGCACUCUGAGUGCUUCAAGAUAAAUCUGGAAUUGUGUUUUUCAGUGUUGAAGUGUUGUCAUGGAACACACAUGUCACUGCAGGAGUAAAAUGUGCACUUCAGGGAUGAGUAGCAGGGUGGAGGUGAGGGCUGGCCAUCCAGCUGCCACCCCAUCCUGUUACUGGCAUUUAUACACUUUACUUAAAACUUGAUUCAGUUGUAAAUGCAUUCACUGCAUAAUGAAUACUGUAAUUUGAACUUGUGAAUACCACCUGGUGGUGUGCUGUGUGUAUGGAGCAUUACACGGUUAUUGUAAAAGCACAGCUGUACACAGAGAUGGAGUCAGUUGACAGAAAAGAAGCAACUGACGCUAAAUGAUCAGCUGCACCGCACCUCAAAGCAUUGCACUGUUCUGUACUGUGAGAUAGACAAGGACACUUGGAAGCAAGCUUGGUGUGUAGGAGCAUUGACAGAGUAGGGUAGUCAGGUGUCCUUGUCAGAUGUUGUAGUCAUCUGGAGUAACAAUGUUCACCUUAAUGUAAGUGUUGUAUGCUGUGGGACUCCAAGGUAACUUUCGUAUGAGUAGCCUUGUGCCACCUGUUUGUGACUACCGCAUGUCAUGGCAUCUAGGAAUGGUGUUUGGGUGCAUGAGGGAGAGCAGCACCCACUCACUCGCAGGUCAUAAAACACAGGUUUUACUCUGAUUAUUUCAAGAACUCUGCUCAGCUUAUAUCAAAACAUUGUAGUCCUGGUUAUUCAGACAUCACUACCAAGCCAUUCCUGUUGUUGUCACGUCACCCAUUGUGUAACAUUGAUAUUCUUGCCAUUGGAGUAAGAGUUGUGUGGUGUGUCUGAGGGAUUUUCUGGGUUUGUGCCGAGCUGUGGUGGGUGGCUUGCAUGGAGGUUUUAAAGUGAUGAUGGUGACACAGUGACACUAGUGGAGGUGGAGCAUUCCUUGCCUCUCGUGUGUAUGUUGUGGUUAGGACACACACACACACACACACACACACACACACACACACACACACACACACACACACACACACACACACACACACACACACACACACACACACACACACACACACACACACACACACACACACACACACACACACACACACACACACACUAUUAGACUAUCAAAGGGACAUCAAGAGAAGGACAUUGAUUCAACACCAGUGUCCUUCUCUCAUUUUCCUUAACCUGUGUUGUUGUUCUUUGUAUUGUGUUUUCUGAUGUGAACCACUGAAGUUAGUGAGUGAAGUGAGCACUGCACCAGCUGACAUGAGCAUUGACAUGUUAAGGCUGAAUCACGACUGCCCUAAAACGUUCUUAGUGCUACAGAAGAACAGAAUCACAUGGUCUUGUCAGAAACACAGGUGACGUUUACUGGAUGUCAUAAAGUGUAUUCUCUUGACGUGGAAGAAGAGACAGUGUAUGUGUGUGUGUGUAUGUGAUAGGCAGGAAGGGAAAGUAAAGAUGCAGCAGACAGUUAUGUGUUACAGAGAAACAUGUAAUGUGUGGUAAGGAAUUGGGUCUGGCAGGCAGGUGUUUGUGUCACAGAGGGAGGUAAUGUAAAUGUCUGGUAGGCAGGUGUGUGUGUGUGUGUGUGUGUGUGUGUGUGUGUGUGUGUGUGUGUGUGUGUGUGUGUGUGUGUGUGUGUGUGUGUGUGUGUGUGUGUGUGUGUGAGAGAGGGAGAGAGAGGUGUGUGUGUGUGGUGGACAGGCAGGUGUAUGUGUGGUGGAGGGAGGUACUGUAGUGUGUUGUGGACAGGCAGGUGUGUGGUGGAUGUGUACGCUUGUGCUGUACUAAUACAUGCGGGUAUCACGCCGGCAUGUGUCAGGGAUGUGGUGAACGCCAGAGCAUGGUGGACAUUGCACAUUUCGUCACUCCUGUGUCGAACAUUUACGAAUUAUUGCAAACUUUACUAUUCCAUUAGAGACUUUGUAGAGUCAGUCUGUAUAUCACUAGGGCACUUCCUUCCUAACAGUCAGGGGGAGGAAGGAUUCAUGUAUGGAUGAAGGAUGCUUGUUGCUAAAGGGAUGUAGGAACCUUGGAAGAGUGAGUGUGUGAGAGUGUAGUGUGUCAGAGGGUGUAGAUAUUCCUGUUCUCCUUUGAGUGUUAGGCCGGAGUGUAGCUGUAGCCUGGAGCUGUUGGCUUAGGUGAUAAGUGAAUUUAUUUUUGUUGUAGUGGUGAGCACAGAGUACAAAAUGCAGUUCCCGGCCACAUGAGGGUAGUAGAGGUGGAGGUAGAGGAGCAGGAGGAGCAACAGCAGGAAGACACCUUGAAGCAAAGCAUGGCUGGCAUGGGGGGAGGGGAGGGGGUGGGAGGGCACUGUGUCAUGUUCCUUUGUGGCAACUCAAAAAAAAAAAUUUAAAAGAAAAAAAAAGUAUUGAUAACAAUAAUCUGAGUGAAUGACAAUGAAAGUUUAACCCACCCUAAAAUCUGAAUGGCAUUAGUAAAUCCUCAUGUUUAAAACCUAAAUUUUUUUUUCAUUAAAAUGUCGAUUAAGAACUUACAGCUUGUAUUUGCAUGACAUAUAUAUCUUUAAGAGUGAGCCAUUUUUUGUUUCCCCCAUCAAUGUCUUGGCUCCUGAAGGAGGAGUGCGGUGGCGGGCAGGCGCGUGGGGCCAGCCAGGCAGGGGUGUGUGGGCGCGACAGACUUCGUCAGCUGAAAGGAUUUUCCUCACUUGGAGACCAAAAUCAGCCUAAUAUUCUUUGCUCAAGCUUUGUACAGUGUAUUUUAUGAAGUAGAGAUAUAUCUAUAUAUUAUGAUUCUGUAGUGUAUUGCUGAAUGUUGUAGUUUUCCUCUCGGAGCCUCGAGGCAACAUCCGGUGGCCGUGUGGUGCGGUGGUGCCUCGCCCACUCCAGUGUUGCAGGCCAUAUGGUCAAGCCAGAUUGAUUCAUCGUUGUUAUCCUUGUCUUCAACACCUUAGUGGUAGGAACAGAGCUCAGCGAGGCGUCCGGACGGCGCUACUGGGGCUGCGGGCACCAGGGGCCACAUGGGAAUGGAGAUUGAGUGCCAGGCACUGCCGGGAAUUAUGUCUUUAGUAGGAACAUGUUUAAGAGAUAGUGAGAUUGAGUGCCAGGCACUGCCGGGAAUUGUCUUUAGUAGGAACAUGUUUAAGAGAUAGUCACUUGUGCCCGCAGUCCCACUGGAGUAGUGACCUUAAUUAUCCUUAUUUUUCGCUCCUGGGGGAUGUGAGGUCCUACAGAGGAUGCAGUGUGGGUUGGUUCCGCCAGGUCGUAGGGCUGAGGAGCCUCCCUGGCCGGUGAGUGUCAUGGUGAUGGCUGUAAUGUGUUUAUCAUUUCUUCACCAUUGUUGUUAGAGAUCACCAGAGUCAGUGUAUCUUGGGGCUGCUCGCUGCCACCUCGCCAGCGUGGGAAGUGUCUAUUCAUAACGAUGGCUGCCACUAUUCCUACCAGUCUUGCCGUACUACUACUUGUACUAUUACUACUCGUACUAUUGCUGCUACCGCUACAACCGUUCUGAAGUCGAGUCAACCUUUCAACUAUUUCGACAUCACUAAUGACAUUUUUGCUUACUACGCCGUUCAUCUUCUUCCUCUUCAUAUAUACUCGCAAGCUGAAUUUUGAUGUACAAUGUUUUGGUGCUUCAGAAUUACUGAAUAAAAAAAAAAGAAAAAAAAAGGCUACAGUUUUUUGCCAAGUUAACGGGUACAGACUCUUCCCUGGCCGGGUGACGCGGGCCAGCGGUGACCUCAGCACUCCUGCGGCGGGUGGUGAGGCGAGCCCCUCUGUACAUAUAGCCGAGGCUUGCAGAGUUUCUAUAUAUCAAUAUUAUAUUGAGGAAUGUGCUGUGCUGCACUGGUGUUAAUGGAAACAGAAAUAUAGUGUUUCCAGUAUG